CUCUGCCGCGGCGGCGACCUCUUCGAUCGCAUCGUGGCGUCGGGGCGGCUGCCGGAGCGCGACGCGCGCGUCGCGACGGCGCAGCUCCUCGACGCCGUCGCGCACUGCCACGCGCUCGACGUGCACCGCGACCUCAAGCCGGAGAACAUCCUCUACCUCGAGGCGCCGGGCGACCCGGACGAGGACGUGCUCAAGGUCGGCGACUUCGGGCUGGCCUGCGCGCUGCCGCCGGGCGAGGUCCUGCGCGUCGUCGCGGGCACGCCGCAGUACGCGGCGCCCGAGGUCGUGAACUCGACGCCGGACGGGCCGGGCUACGGCCACGCGUCGGACCUCUACUCGCUGGGCAUGGUCUUGUACGUCAUGCUCGCGGGCGUG